AUGCUGGAGGACGAGGAUGGGAUGAGCGAGCGCGGCCUCGGCGGCUCCCGGAGGAGAUUCGAGGAUGAGGAAGAUUACCACUCCAUCUACAUCGGCGUGCCGGUGCCGCGCGGGUACCGCCGGAAGCGGCGCCGCCGGAGGUCGCCGGGCUCCAGCCGGGACCGGAGCGAGAGCGAGCGGCACUUCGGCCACCGCGAGCCCUCGGACACCGACGACGGCGGCCAGGGCUGGCCCGAGAGCGGCAACGACAACGCCAGCAGGACCAUGUCCCCGGCCGCCGAACGGCUCCGGUACAUCCUGGGGGAGGACGAUGAGCCCCCCAAUCCCACGCUUUUCACGGAGAUGGACACCCUGCAGCACGACGGCGACGAGAUGGAGUGGAAGGAAUCUGCCAGGUGGAUCAAGUUCGAGGAGAAGGUGGAGGAAGGCGGCGAGAGGUGGAGCAAACCCCACGUGUCCACCUUGUCCCUGCACAGCCUCUUCGAGCUGCGGACGUGUCUCCAGACGGGAACGGUGCUCCUGGACCUGGACGGAUACUCCUUGCCCCAAAUCAUCGACGAUGUCAUCGAGAAGCAGAUCGAGGACGGGCUGCUGAAGCCGGAGCUGCGGGAGAAGCUCAGCUACGUCCUCCUGCGCAAGCACCGCCACCAGACCAAGAAACCGAUCCACCGCUCCCUGGCCGACAUCGGCAAAUCCGUGUCCUCCAACACGGCCCGCAGCCCCGUGCGGGGCCCGGCCGCCGGCGCCGCCUUCCACCGCUCCACCGAGGACCUGCGGAUGCGGCAGAGCGCCAGCUACGGCCGCCUGCGUCACGCCCAGAGCCGGAGCAUGAACGACAUCUCGGACACGCCGAGCACUGACCAGCUGAAGAACAAGUUCAUCAAGAAGAUCCCCAAGGACGCCGAGGCCUCCAACGUGCUGGUGGGAGAGGUGGAGUUCCUGGAGAAACCCUUCGUGGCCUUCGUGAGGCUGCUCCAGGCCACGAUGCUGGGAGGGGUGACGGAGGUCCCCGUCCCCACCAGGUUCCUCUUCAUCCUCCUGGGUCCGGCGGGAAAAGCCAAAUCCUACAACGAGAUCGGCAGGGCCAUCGCCACUCUGAUGGUGGACGACCUCUUCAGCGAUGUUGCCUACAAAGCUCGGGACAGGGAGGACCUGAUCGCCGGCAUCGAUGAGUUCCUGGACGAGGUCAUCGUCCUCCCGCCCGGCGAGUGGGACCCCAACAUUCGGAUUGAGCCCCCCAAGAAAGUGCCCUCAGCUGAGAAGAGGAAGUCGGUGUUCUCGCUGAACGAGGUGGGGCAGAUGAACGGCGCGGCCGGCGGGGCGGGCGCCGGGGGCGGCGGCGGCGGCGGCAGCGACGAUGGGGAGAUGCCCGAAGUCCACGAGAUUGGGGAGGAGCUGGCCUGGACCGGCAGGUUUUGUGGUGGCCUCUACCUGGAUAUCAAGAGGAAGCUGCCCUGGUUCCCGAGCGACUUCUACGAAGGUUUCCAUAUCCAGUCCAUCUCCGCCAUCCUCUUCAUCUACCUGGGCUGCAUCACCAACGCCAUCACCUUCGGGGGGCUGCUGGGGGACGCCACCGACAACUACCAGGGGGUCAUGGAGAGCUUCCUGGGCACGGCCAUGGCCGGCUCCAUGUUCUGCCUCUUCGCCGGCCAGCCCCUCAUCAUCCUCAGCAGCACCGGCCCCAUCCUCAUCUUCGAGAAGCUGCUCUUCGACUUCAGCAAAGGCAACGGCAUCGACUACAUGGAAUUCCGCCUGUGGAUCGGGCUGCACUCGGCCCUGCAGUGCCUUAUCCUGGUGGCCACCGACGCCAGCUUCAUUAUAAAGUACAUCACGCGCUUCACCGAGGAGGGCUUCUCCACCCUCAUCAGCUUCAUCUUCAUCUACGACGCCAUCAAGAAGAUGAUCGGGGCCUUCAAGUACUACCCCAUCAACUCCGACUUCAAGCCCGACUACGUCACCAUGUACAAGUGCGAGUGCGUCGCCCCCGACCCAGCCAACGCGACCUUGUUCGAUGCUUCAGCUCCAGUGGCACCGAACACCACUAACGUUUCUCUGUCCAAUGCUAUCAACCUCACAGCUCUGGACUGGACCCAGCUGAGUAAGAAGGAAUGUCUGAAAUACGGCGGCAGCUUAGUGGGAAAAUCCUGCAAAUUCGUGCCCGACCUGGCCCUCAUGUCCUUCAUCCUCUUCUUUGGCACCUACUCCAUGACCCUGACCCUGAAAAAAUUCAAAUUCAGCCGCUAUUUCCCCACCAAGGUCAGGGCUUUCAUUGCUGAUUUUUCCAAUGUCUUCUCCAUCCUGCUCUUCUGUGGAGUGGACGCCUGUUUCGGACUGGACACCCCCAAACUCCACAUCCCCAGUAUCAUCAAGCCCACCCGCGUGGACCGGGGCUGGUUCGUGUUUCCCUUUGGGAAGAACCCGUGGUGGGUGUACCUGGCCAGCGCCCUGCCCGCCCUGCUCGUCACCAUCCUCAUCUUCAUGGACCAGCAGAUCACCGCCGUCAUCGUCAACAGGAAGGAGCACAAGCUCAGGAAGGCAGCCGGGUACCACCUGGACCUCUUCUGGGUGGGCAUCCUGAUGGCCGUGUGCUCCUUCAUGGGGCUGCCCUGGUACGUGGCCGCCACCGUCAUCUCCAUCGCCCACAUCGACAGCCUCAAGAUGGAGACGGAGACCAGCGCCCCGGGGGAGCAGCCCCAGUUCCUGGGGGUCAGGGAGCAGAGGGUGACCGGCAUCAUCGUCUUCGUGCUGACGGGGAUUUCGGUUUUCCUGGCUCCUAUUCUGAAGUACAUUCCCAUGCCGGUGCUCUACGGAGUCUUCCUCUACAUGGGCGUGGCGUCGCUGAACGGCAUCCAGUUUUGGGAUCGCUGCAAGCUCUUCCUGAUGCCGGCCAAGCACCAGCCCGACUACGUGUUCCUGCGGCACGUCCCGCUGCGCCGCAUCCACCUCUUCACCCUGGUGCAGAUCGUCUGCCUGGCUGUGCUCUGGAUCCUCAAAUCCACCGUGGCCGCCAUCAUCUUCCCCGUCAUGAUCCUGGCCCUGAUCCUGGUGAGGCGGCUCCUGGAUUUCGUCUUCUCCCAGCACGACCUGGCCUGGAUCGACAACAUCAUCCCCGAGAAGGAGAAGAAGAAGGAGGACGACAAGAAGAAGAAGAAGAAAGGCAACAAAGGCGACAGCAGCAGCGAUGAGGAGGAAAGAGGGCCUCCACCUGGAGCUUUGCGUUCUGACUCCUCCCCGAACGGUUCCGACAUGGAUCGCAGUAUCACCCUCCACCUGAAGAUCUCGUGCCCGUCGUCUCCCGCCUUUAACUACUCCCGAAAUCCCAUCUGUGCCGUGCCCCAGGUGAAGAUCGAGAUGGAAUCGGACUACGACGACACCGACACGGAAAAAGCUCCCCGGGACAUGGGCAGUGAGACCACGCUAUAG